GAUGUGUCAUGAGAAACCCAGGUGCUGUGAGUGGCUGCGAUGCUGUGGCGGAGGCGAGCCCAGGCCCCGCACUGUCUGGUUGGGACACCCGGAGAAGAGGGACCAGAGGUAUCCUCGAAAUGUCAUCAACAAUCAGAAGUACAAUUUCUUCACCUUUCUUCCUGGGGUGCUGUUCAACCAGUUCAAGUACUUUUUCAACCUCUAUUUCUUGCUCCUCGCCUGCUCCCAGUUUGUUCCCGAGAUGAGACUUGGCGCGCUCUACACCUACUGGGUCCCCCUGGGCUUUGUGCUGGCUGUCACCAUCAUCCGAGAGGCGGUGGAGGAGAUUCGAUGCUAUGUGCGAGACAAGGAAGUCAACUCUCAGGUGUACAGCCGGCUCACAACGCGAGGAACAGUGAAAGUGAAGAGUUCCAGCAUCCAAGUUGGAGACCUGAUCAUCGUUGAGAAGAACCAGCGGGUCCCUGCGGACAUGAUCUUCCUGAGGACAUCAGAAAAAAAUGCUGGAAGCUGAGGCUCCCUGUGGCCUGCACGCAGAGGCUGCCCACUGCUGCUGAUCUUCUUCAGAUUCGAUCAUAUGUGUAUGCAGAAGAGCCGAAUAUUGACAUUCACAACUUCGUGGGGACUUUCACCCGCGAGGACAGCGACCCUCCGAUCAGUGAGAGCUUGAGCAUAGAGAACACCCUCUGGGCUGGGACUGUCAUUGCAUCAGGUACCGUGGUGGGGGUCGUCCUUUACACUGGCAGAGAACUCCGGAGUGUCAUGAACACCUCCAACCCUCGAAGUAAGAUCGGCCUGUUCGACCUGGAGGUGAACUGCCUCACCAAGAUCCUGUUUGGCGCCCUGGUGGUGGUGUCACUGGUCAUGGUCGCCCUGCAGCACUUCGCGGGCCGCUGGUACCUGCAGAUCAUCCGCUUCCUCUUGUUGUUCUCCAACAUCAUUCCUAUCAGCUUGCGGGUGAACCUGGACAUGGGCAAGAUCGUGUACAGCUGGGUGAUUCGACGGGAUUCAAAAAUCCCCGGGACCGUGGUCCGUUCCAGCACCAUCCCUGAGCAGCUGGGUAGGAUCUCCUACCUGCUCACAGACAAGACAGGAACGCUUACCCAGAAUGAGAUGGUUUUUAAACGGCUCCAUCUGGGCACGGUGGCCUACGGCCUCGACUCGAUGGAUGAAGUGCAAAGCCACAUAUUCAGUGUUUACACCCAGCAAUCCCAGGACCCACCUGCUCAGAAGGGCCCCACGGUCACCACCAAGGUCCGGCGGACCAUGAGCAGCCGCGUGCACGAGGCCGUCAAGGCCAUCGCCCUGUGUCACAAUGUGACGCCCGUGUACGAGUCCAACGGCGUGACCGACCAGGCUGAGGCUGAGAAGCAGUAUGAGGACUCCUGCCGCGUGUACCAGGCAUCCAGCCCAGACGAGGUGGCCCUGGUACAGUGGACGGAAAGCGUGGGCUUGACCCUGGUGGGCCGAGACCAGUCUUCUAUGCAGCUGAGGACCCCUGGCGACCAGAUCCUGAACUUCACCAUCUUGCAGAUCUUCCCUUUUACCUACGAGAGCAAGCGCAUGGGCAUCAUCGUGAGGGACGAAUCCACGGGAGAAAUCACGUUUUACAUGAAGGGAGCGGACGUGGUCAUGGCUGGCAUUGUGCAGUACAACGACUGGCUGGAGGAAGAGUGUGGCAACAUGGCCCGAGAAGGGCUGCGGGUGCUCGUGGUGGCCAAGAAGUCUCUGGCGGAGGAGCAGUAUCAGGACUUUGAGGCCCGCUACGUCCAGGCCAAGCUCAGUGUGCACGACCGCUCCCUCAAAGUGGCCACAGUGAUCGAGAGCCUGGAGAUGGAGAUGGAGCUGCUGUGCCUGACGGGCGUGGAGGACCAGCUGCAGGCCGACGUGCGGCCCACCCUGGAGACGCUGCGCAAUGCGGGCAUCAAGGUCUGGAUGCUGACGGGGGACAAGCUGGAGACAGCUACGUGCACAGCGAAGAAUGCACAUCUGGUGACCAGAAACCAAGACAUCCAUGUUUUUCGGCUGGUGACCAACCGCGGGGAGGCCCACCUUGAGCUGAACGCCUUUCGCAGGAAGCAUGACUGUGCCCUGGUCAUCUCUGGUGACUCCCUGGAGGUCUGCCUCAAAUACUACGAGUACGAGUUCAUGGAGCUGGCCUGCCAGUGCCCCGCCGUGGUCUGCUGUCGCUGCGCCCCCACCCAGAAGGCCCAGAUCGUGCGCCUGCUCCAGGAACGCACCGGGAAGCUCACCUGUGCAGUAGGUGAUGGGGGCAACGACGUCAGCAUGAUCCAGGAGUCGGACUGCGGCGUGGGCGUCGAGGGGAAGGAAGGGAAGCAGGCUUCGCUGGCUGCAGACUUCUCCAUCACUCAGUUUAAGCACCUCGGCCGGUUGCUCAUGGUGCACGGCCGGAACAGCUACAAGCGGUCGGCUGCCCUCAGCCAGUUUGUGAUCCACAGGAGCCUCUGCAUCAGCACCAUGCAGGCCGUCUUCUCCUCUGUGUUCUACUUCGCCUCCGUUCCUCUCUAUCAAGGAUUCCUCAUCAUUGGGUACUCCACCGUCUACACCAUGUUCCCUGUGUUUUCUCUGGUCCUGGACAAGGACGUCAAGUCGGAAGUGGCCAUGCUGUACCCCGAGCUCUACAAGGAUCUCCUCAAGGGACGACCGCUGUCCUACAAGACAUUCUUAAUAUGGGUUUUGAUUAGCAUCUAUCAAGGGAGCACCAUCAUGUACGGGGCGCUGCUGCUGUUCGAGUCGGAGUUCGUGCACAUCGUGGCCAUCUCCUUCACCUCGCUGAUCCUCACCGAGCUGCUCAUGGUGGCGCUGACCAUCCAGACCUGGCACUGGCUCAUGACGGUGGCCGAGCUGCUCAGCCUGGCAUGCUACAUCGCCUCCCUGGUGUUCCUGCACGAGUUUAUCGACGUGUACUUCAUCGCCACCCUGUCGUUCCUGUGGAAGGUGUCCGUCAUCACCCUGGUCAGCUGCCUGCCCCUCUACGUGCUCAAGUACCUGCGCAGACGGUUCUCCCCGCCCAGCUACUCGAAGCUCACGUCGUAGGCCGUGUGCAGAGGAGAGGCCCCGGUCUCUGCGCGUCCCUGACGGGCAGAACUCCAGCUCCAUUCCUAGCAGCCGCCACCCGUGGAUUCUGCGAUCGCUAACACGUGCAGUCUGGCGUGCAGAGGCUCUGCACCCCCACGGAGCCUGCUGACGCCAGAUGAGUGGGAGGGAGGCCCCGACACGCCGCCCUCUCGGCCCGUUGAACCCCAGUUGUCGUGUGUGAGUGAGUGUCAGUACGAUGCACCUGGUGGCUCUGCCGAGUGCCCGUUGGCCUCUGCGAGCUUCCUUAGGACCUGAUCUUGUCGUCCCGUGAUAAAAGUUUCUGUCUAGUCAGAGGUGGUAGAAGGCUUGUUUCAUUUCUUCUUUAACAAUCCUAAUGUGUGUAAACUCUACAUCUUUCUCACUCCUACAAAGCAAUUUCAAAAAAAGAUAAAGCUUUUGGUAUACCUUAGGGAGGAAAAGACAGGACAUUGGUCAAAUGUUAUCCAAAGAGUCACCUCUAUUUGGAAAGGUUGAAGACCCUCUUGCGGGCAGCCUGCUUACCAAGGACCACGCGAGGCCGAGGAGAGGAGGGAGAGGGAGGACCCUCAAUCUAGGAGUUCUCCUCACUCAGACUCAGCAUCCACACUGCUCAAACCAACUUCACCUCCCACCUCCGGAAAGAACUUCCAAGGUGUCAUCCUACUUUGUGAGGGCCUGGGAAUAAUCACCAAGCCCAAGGCGAUCCGAGGACACCUUCCAAUGCUUUAGGCAGAGUUGUUUUAGCAGGAAAUGUGCCACUGAGCAGCCCCUACAGGUGUCGACAGCUCGAUGAGGAAUUGAACUCCUUCAGACAGCAUGGCCGCAGUGACUCAGGUCCUCUGAGUCCGAAGCGGAAGGUCAGAGGGCCACGCUCCGCUCUGCCACCGAAGCCUGUUUCCCGUUAGCAGGAAUUACUGAGGAUGACCGACAAAGGCAGAGCCAUCUUGCCAGUUGUUGCUUGGUGGCGGUGGUUUUAAAAGUGCGGUGCCCCGGCUGCCACUGAAUGACCUGCCUGUAGAUGCCAAGGGGGGGUCGUGGUGAAAGGCCGCCAGGACUCCAGGUCUCUCCCCCACCAGGAGGAGUACGUGUGCGUGUGCUUCUCCUAGAGCUGUGACUUCCCGUUUCCGAGAAUGGAGGGAGUCACUGGACGUGGCAGGGCAAGGCCUGCUUGGGCUUCAAGUCUCCUCUUGCAGAGCCACGCGUGCAGCCAUGGAGGCGAAGGUGGUGGAUCUUCAAGUAGAGUGUGGCUGCCUUCUUGGGUUUGGGAUUGAUUCUGUGUGGCGCACACGUCUCUGCCCUGUGUCACAACUUCCUGUGUGUGCUUCAGAGGUGUUACGAUGCAGCCAGUUGCCGACACCCACUGCCCACCCUGCUCUUGGGGAGUUGGGGACGUGAGGAGCAGGCCACUGCCUGGCCUUUGGAACAGACUUGCUGUGCUCUUGCAUUUGGUGAAAACUUCCCGGAAUGACACUCAGUGACAGGCACUGAUGCAUCGGGCGCCGACAUCAUGCUAGGUCCUGCGGUUCUGUGGUAACUGUCCCCUUUGGAUUCAGCCACUUCCACCAGGGAGAAAUGGUCUUUAAGAAAGAGGCAUGAACCGUUGUUUAGGGCCAGAAUCUUUGUCCAGGAAUGUCAGAAAGGUUGAGUAAGUCUGACUGCACGGAGUGAGUCUUUGUGGUUGCAAAGGUAAAGGAGAAGCAAGUUUUGCCUCAAGUAUUUGAGCCUCUGUUUUCUCGGCAGUCAGCCCUGUAAAACCGGAAGUCUUACAAUAGCUGCACUUCGUGUGCUAACCCUGAACCGGACUUUGCUCACAGAGACGGGCGAUUGCUUCUGCAGGUAGGCCGUAUGGAGCCCUCGUUAGGAAGUUCUAGAUGUUUCCCGCAGAUGUGGGAAAUGGCCUUUUCCUUAAUUCCACUUUUUAAGAGUAUAUUUUAUUAUUUGCAUGAGCCCGAGAGGCGUAAAAGAGAGAGAGAGACAGAGAGACAGCACCCCCACAGGGUCUCAAUGUCAUCAUCUGCCCCCGGCUUCAGCCAGCUUCAGACCAUGGACACGUGUGUGCCUGGUGUGCUCGGAGUCUCUGGAUGCAAAGUCAGGGUCAGCCACGUGGAGCAUCACAUUUUACCGCCGUGUCACCAUCCAACCCCUUCACUCUCAGUUUUGAUUGAGGUGCGUGGGCUGGGUUUCAGAGCCGACUCGAGGCGCUGCUUAACAUCUUGAAGGGAGGAAGCUUCCGAGAGAGGCUGAGCAGCCACACUUGCGAGUCGAAGGUGCUUGUCCUAGUCCUCCAGGUGCCUCCUGGUCUGUCGUCUCAGCCACACUUCGGUGGAGGCAAAGGCAGGAAGAGCCGACAUCCAUGUGGCAGCUCCAUGUUGUGGGACCAGCCGGCCGCCGUCAGCCAGCUGGUGCCACCCUGGGGGUGUUAGCGACGUGCGCACCACACUUAAAUGCUGAGACCCGGGAGGCGCGGCUGAUCCUUGAGAGCACACGACCCUUCUCAGCACGGAUCAGAGUUAGGCCCAGCGAGAUCGUGGGAGCUCCGGGCCCUUCCGGGGUGGGGGGUAACCUUAAUUGUAGGGGAAGGCAGGAACAAGCAGAUGAGAGACCUGGGUUGUUUCAUGAGGAUCCCUCCCGAGUCGCCCUUGACCAGGAGAGCCGUGCUGGCUUUUUCCUGGUGCCCAGAUCUGGACAGAACCUACACAUAGCCCUGUU